AUGGUGCCCAAGGCCGGAUUCUCGCGCGAGGACCUAUGUCUCGUCUGUCAGGACGCUUCCACUGGCUACCACUAUGGUGUGCCGUCGUGCAACGGAUGCAAAACAUUCUUCCGACGAACAAUUAUGAAAAAACAAAAGUACAUCUGCCAAUAUGACAACAACUGUCCGGUUGAUAAGAGCAUUCGAUGCGCGUGUCGAUUUUGUCGCUUCGAGAAAUGCUUGCAAGUCGGAAUGGACAGAAAUGCUCUUCAGCAAAAUCGGGACCCGAUUGGAUACACGAAGCGCACGAAGCGCAAUAAGAGCAAAGAUAAUGAUUCGGGUUGUGAGGAUGGCGCGAGCACGCCAGAACGCGAUCUACCGUCGACAUCGAAAAAUAUUCAGUCUUCAAAUUACCUCAGUGUUCUAGUCCACAGAGAGAAGAGCGCGAACGAUCUUCGAUUAUCCGACUACCUACCUAUUAGAAGUCUCAGAGAGUCCAUCAACUCAAAAUGUCUAUUAAACGAUCCAAUUUUUAUGCAUAAGUAUGGGGUUCCGAGUCCAAAACACACAUUCGAGGAGCUUCGAUUUAUUAAGCAAAUCGAUUACCAUUAUUGGCACGAGCGGGAUUGGUUUCUUUUGACAGAAUACGCCAAGACAUUUGAAAUUUUCCAAGGAUUGUGCUAUUAUGACAAAGUUGAGCUCAUUCGACACGCCGGCAUCACUGUUCCGGUUCUUGUGCAAGUCUACAAUUCGCCGGACUAUGGACCGGAUACGAUCGUUUUUCCCGAUGGCGCAUAUUUUGAUCGAACGCAUGAGCCAACUCGGCCAGCCGGUCUCAAUAGGAAAAAAUACCAAAUGCUUGACUUGGUCUUGAAACCGAUGCGAAAAAUUGAAGUGGAUUUGACGGAAUUCGCCGCUUUCAAAGCGAUCACAUUUUUGAAUCCAGAUUCAGAUAUCACAUUGGAAGCGAAGAAAGAGGUGAAUGAUGAGCGGGUGAAAAUCACCAAGCAGCUUUAUAAUUAUAUGGUGAACAAGGAUGGAAUCGAUAAGGGAAUUGAGAGGUUCAGUCGAUUGAUUCUGAUGGGAACCGCCAUGUCGAAAAUGGCGUGCGAAUCGAAGGAGGCCGUCUGGAUCGCCGACUUCUUUCAUGACAUUGGUUUCUCAAAGUUCGCCAAAGAGCUGUUUUUCGGAGAGAUGGAUAAUUAUUUUUCGUGA